GGUUUAAGGCGAUAUAUUGAUCUAUCGAAGACAAGUAUUCACAUCCGAGCUGUUUCGUUUUACAACACUAGCAAAUUACAUUCGCGUUUUCUGCCCUUUACAACACGCGCAGAGAAUAUUUGAUGCCGAGGAGAAGGAGCUGGAGAUUAAUUUUAUAAUUUUAUAUAUAAAUCGUUUUUAAAAACAUUAAAAACAUGGCCACGGCUGAAGCUCAAGUCAAUGUGAAUCGGAAUUUGCAGAAGCAGGACCUUAGGAAUUUGGAAGUCAGCAACCUUACACCUCUGUCGCCCGAGGUGAUCUCGCGCCAGGCGACCAUCAACAUUGGCACAAUCGGACAUGUCGCACACGGAAAAUCCACCGUAGUCAAAGCCAUAUCCGGCGUGCAGACGGUCCGCUUUAAAAACGAAUUGGAGCGCAACAUUACAAUUAAGCUCGAACGCUUAAGCGAAAAGAAAAUCCAACUACUUAUGAAUUCCAAGCACCAGCGACACAAAUACGAUAUCCAGCAGCAAAAGCAAUUGCGGCUUCUCGCCGAGCGGCGAAAGGAAAGGUUGACAAAGUCACCCCAUGGCCCUGCUCCAGUGCCAGCCUCAUCCAUGGAAAGAACGCGCUACAGUCGUCGCAGCAACAGCCAAACCUCAUUGAGUCCCAGCCAUAGCAGCGGCUAUGGCAGCAUCCUGGGCUGCGAUGAUAACGAUCAAUUAUCACAGCUGACUGCUGGCCCCCUGAAAGUGACCGACCUUAAGCGGCGACGUAGCAGCGGUGUCCAGACACCCACACCAUCGGCCAAAAGGAGCAAGAGCAACGAUGGAAAGACGGUGAAGAAGCGACCCAAGGGCGAGUACAUUGUGGAGAAGAUCGAGUGCGUGGAGGUGGUCCAGUUUGAGCCCGUUUUCUUUGUGAAAUGGCUGGGCUACGAUCUCAACGCCAACACAUGGGAAUCGUACGACAAUCUGUCGGAUUGUGUCGAAAUGGAAAAGUUUGUUGAGAGCCAUCUGCAGCUGCAUCAGAUUUAUAUAGCCCACAUCACUGGGGAGCUGGAGACGCAGCUCUCGAAAAUACCGCAAAAGGAAGAUAUUGAAAGUAUUGGCAUUACAGAGAUUGAUGCCUAUGAUCCACUGGAGCUGCAGAUUGAUUUUAUAUUGCUCGCGCAAUACCGUGCCGCUGCCAGUCGCAGCCAGCGGGAGCCCGAGCGAAUCGGGCAGCGUGCCCUGCGCCGCAUGCAGAUCAGGCGGUGUCACUUUGCACGCCGCAAGCAGCUGCAGGAUUUGUUGCGGUUUGAGCAGCGAAUGAAUCGAGUGGAGCUGCCGUCGCCGCCCAUACGAGUGGAGAACAAUUGGGAUCUGGACACGAUUGACAGCGGCUUCAAGUACAUACAAAAGAACAUAAUUGGAGCAGGGGUACCCAAGCCGCAGGCUGGACUUGUGGGUUGUAGGUGCAAUGAGAGCGGAGAAAGUUGCACCGCCUCUUCCAUGUGUUGUGGACGAAUGGCUGGUGAAAUCUUUGCCUACGAGCGUAGCACGGGGCGUCUGCGGCUCCGCCCAGGCAGUGCCAUCUAUGAGUGCAAUAGCCGAUGCUCCUGCGAUGAGAGUUGCACGAAUCGUCUGGUACAGAAAGGACGACAGCAUCCGCUAGUGCUCUUCAAAACCAGCAAUGGCAGUGGUUGGGGUGUCCGCACACCGCAGGCCCUCAGGAAGGGAGUGUUUGUCUGCGAGUAUAUCGGAGAGAUUAUCACCUGCGAGGAGGCUAAUCAGCGUGGCAAGGCCUACGAUGACAAUGGGCGUACCUAUCUGUUUGAUCUGGACUACAAUACAUCGCGGGAUAGCGAGUAUACUGUGGAUGCGGCCAACUAUGGCAAUAUAUCGCAUUUUAUCAAUCAUUCAUGCGAUCCCAAUCUGGCCGUGUUUCCUUGCUGGAUCGAGCACUUAAAUAUGGCUCUGCCCCACCUGGUCUUCUUCACCAUUCGUCCAAUCAAGGCGGGGGAAGAGCUCAGCUUUGACUACAUUCGAGCCGACAAUGAGGAUGUGCCCUAUGAGAAUAUAUCGACGGCUGCGCGUGUCCAGUGUCGAUGUGGGGCGGCCAAUUGCCGGAAGGUUUUGUUUUAGGUUUUGAUGCCAGCGUUUGAUUUUUUAAAAAUUACAUAUGUACUAUAUGUACUCCACUGAAAUUACUAUAUACA